UCCUAAUUCCUCCAUUCUAAAACACAAAAGAAAAACAAAAACAAACAAAUAUCUAGGCUUAAAAUCCAAAUCUUCAAAAUGAGAAGCCAAAUGAAGAAGCAAUGGCUUCAAUUUGCUUGUACUUUGACAUUUUUCUUCAUUGCCACAUGCACUAUGGCAUAUUCACCUUAUGAAUCAUCAGACUCAACAUACAAUAAAGUAUCAACCACAGAAGUCAAAAGUGAAGACUUCAAGGUACCCUCUGAGUCGGAAAAGGAAUAUAAGUCAUCAUUUUUGCCAAAAAAUGAUUACUACAAGAAGCCAAUAGUUUCAGAAGAUAACUACAAGAAAGAGUCAUCCAUUCCCGAACAGGAAAACAAGGUGACAUUCUUCCCAAAGAACGAUAACUACAAGAAGCCAUUAGUUUCAAAAGAUAACUAUAAAAAAGUACCAUCCAUUUCCGAACAGGAAAACAAGGUGCCAUUCUUCCAAAAGAAUGACUACUCUAAGAAGCCAUCAUUUUUCGACGAUACCUACAAAAAGUCGUCAUAUGUUCAUGAGGUACCCUCAAUGGCAAAACCAGAAUAUAAGGAGUCAUUUUUUUCAAAAUUUGACUAUUUCAAAAAGCCAUCAGUCCCAGAAGAUAACUACAAAAAGGUGUCAUAUGUUCCAAAGGUGACCUCAGUGCCUAAAGAAGAAUACAAGGUGCCUUCUUUGCCAAAGAAUGAUUACUACAAGAAGCCAUCAAUUCCAGAAGAUAAAUACAAUAAGGCGUCAUCUGUUCCAGAGGAACCCUCGAUGGCUAAACCAGAAUAUAAAGAGUCAUUUUUGCCAAAAUUUGACUACUUUAAGAAAUCAUCAGAAGAUAGCUACAAAAAGGUUCCAUAUGUUCCAAAGGUGCCUUCAGUGCCUAAAGAGGAAUACAAGAUGUCUUCUUUGCCAAAAAAUGAUAACUACAAGAAGCCAUCAAUUCCAGAAGAUAACUACAAAAAGGUGUCAUAUGUUCCAAAGGUGACCUCAGUGCCUAAACAAGAAUACAAGGUGCCUUCUUUGCCAAAGAAUGAUUACUACAAGAAGCCAUCAAUUCCAGAAGAUAAAUACAGUAAGGUGUCAUCUAUUCCAGAAGUACCCUCAGUGCCUAAACCAGAAUACAAGGUGCCGUCUCUGCCAAAAAACGACUACUUCAAGAAAUCAUCACCUUCUCCAUCACCACCUCCACCAUAUUAUUAAAUUUUCAUUUCUCAUGUUGAACAUGUUUCAAGAUAGUCCUUCUCCCGCUCAACAGAUAUGAGUUAGAAGGCAUGUUAUCAAAAAUUAUAAUUCUUUAUUUGUAUUUUGAAUAUUUUCCAGAGGAUUGUUUAUGUCAAUUGAAUACAAGUUCUUUUUAUCAA